AACUUGUUGAUUCCUGAAAUUUUACUUGAUAAACCUAAAAAUGAAGGUUCCGUUGAGGAGACAGUACCAUUAUAUUCGAAUAAACAAUUCACUGAACAGUUCAGGGUUUCCAGAGAAAUUGUUCAUAACCUGAAAGAACAGUUCGAAGUUUCAAAAUAUUACCCCAAAAAAGAAACAGGCCUCCGAAGAAUUGGUAGUGAAAAAUGUAUUCUAGCCUUUUUAUGGUUUGCCAGUAAUGAAUCUACUUCAUUUAGAGAUGUGGCUGACAGAUUCAAUUUAUCUGUGAGUACGCUCCAUAGGAUCGUAGUAGAUGUGACAUCAUUUCUUUCUGAUAUGUCUGGCAAUGUUAUUGUUUGGCCGUCAGCAACAGAAUUCAGAAGCAUUUCAGAGGAAUUUGCAGAGAUGGGUUUUCCUAAUGCCAUUGGCUGCAUAGAUGGCACACAUAUAAGGAUGGAUGCACCCAUCGAUGAUGCUCUAUCAUAUUUGAACAGGAAGAAAUAUUAUUCUAUUCAGGUGCAAGUUGUUUGUGACAAUACGAAGAAAAUAAGAGAUGAUUUUAUAGGGUAUCCAAGAAGUGUUCACGAUGCUAGAGUUUUCAGGACUAGCCCUCUCGGUCAAAAUUUAUCAGAAAAAUGUAGGGAUUAUGUUCUUUUAGGUGAUAGUGCCUACUCUUGUCUGAGAAAUUUAUUGACUCCUUACAAAGAUAAUGGAAAUUUGACAAAUGUUCAAAAAAAAAAUAUAACAAAAAACUUAGUCACUGUAGAGUUUUCAUUGAACACACGAUAGGGCUUCUCAAACAAAGAUUUCGUCAACUGUUCCAUCUGAAGAGCAGAAACAUAGAAUUUAUUUGCCAUUUUGCUAGAGCAUGCUGCGUUUUGCAUAAUAUGUGCAUGGAUGAUCAGAACUUCAACCUUAGCAUCAACCAGUACCGCAAUGCAGAACAUCUUGGCAAUGAAACCGAUGAUGAUAAUGAAAAUGAUGAGAGGAAUGAAGUUGGCUUGAAUUAUAGGAAUUAUGUCGCUGCUAUGAUGGAUAUUUAAACAUCGUUCAGAUAUGGUAAUAUUGAAUACGUUUGUCUUGAAAUUUUCCUUUAUUGCAUAAUUUCUGUUGAAAAUUCGUAUAUAAAUAUAUAUGAACAAAAAACUGCAUUUUCAU